AAGUACACAUUCACAAUCAGAGACAGCAUGCGAGUUACGGCAUUUCAUCAGCUGAAAAUUGUGUGAGAUACUCCGAGGAGAAUUUCGAGAAAAUUUCCUUCAGCAAGAUGAUAACGUGUAAUCGCUUAAAUCUCCAUCUAUUACGAAAAGUAUCAAUUAAAAAUUACCCCGCACAAUCUUUACUAUCGAUCACUUACAAUGUAAGUCAGCAACAGCAGCCACAUUUUCUAGCAACUAUAGCAGCAUUUACGAAACAAUGUCAAAAAAGUCCAAACUAUGAAGGAGGUCUUGCAGGGCAGCAGCAGUUGCCGCAGCGACGUAAUUUCCAUACAACAAAUGCAGUGAAGGCAAAAGACUAUUACCAAACACUGGGAGUGGCCAAAAAUGCUUCGGCUAAGGAAAUUAAAAAGGCCUAUUAUCAGCUGGCGAAAAAAUAUCAUCCAGACACGAAUAAGGAGGAUCCUGAUGCAAGUCGUAAGUUCCAGGAAGUCUCCGAGGCCUAUGAAGUUUUAAGUGAUGACACUAAACGCAGGGAAUAUGAUACCUAUGGCCAAACAACGGAAAAUAUGAACAGAGCUGGUGGUGGAUUUGGUGGUCAUGGUCCCCAGGGUUUCUCACAGAAUUGGCAGUUCAGGUCAACCAUCGAUCCCGAAGAAUUGUUCCGCAAGAUUUUCGGUGAUGGAAAUUUCCGUUCCAAUGCCUUUGAUGAUUUUGCUGAGUCUCAAUAUGGCUUUGGACGUUCACAAGAGGUUGUGAUGGACUUGUCUUUUGCCCAGGCAGCGCGUGGUGUCAACAAAGAUAUAAACGUCAAUGUUGUGGACACAUGUCCCAAGUGUAAUGGCACCAAAUGUGAGCCGGGCACAAAACCUGGACGUUGUCAAUACUGCAAUGGCACUGGCAUGGAAACUAUUUCUACGGGACCGUUUGUAAUGCGCUCCACAUGCCGCUAUUGUCAAGGCACUAGACAAUACAUAAAAUACCCUUGUGCCGAAUGUGAAGGCAAGGGUCAAACGGUGCAAAGAAAAAAAGUGACAGUACCUGUACCUGCGGGCAUAGAAAAUGGACAGACAGUUCGUAUGCAAGUAGGCAAGAAGGAGCUGUUCAUAACUUUCCGCGUAGAACCCAGCCGAUAUUUCCGACGCGAUGGUGCCGAUGUGCACACAGACGCUGUCAUAUCGUUAUCACAGGCUGCUCUGGGAGGCACAAUACGUGUCGAAGGCGUCUACGAAGAUCAAUGGCUGAACAUAGAACCCGGCACUUCAUCGCAUCAUAAGAUUUUCCUGAAGGGCAAAGGUCUAAAACGAGUCAAUGCUCAUGGUCAUGGUGAUCAUUAUGUAAAUGUCAAAAUAGAAAUUCCCAAAACAUUAACCAAAGAGCAGAAAGAGUUGCUGCAACGAUUUGCCGAAUUGGAAACGAAUACCCCAGGAUCAGUGCAUGGCAUAACGAAACGAACGGAUGGCAGUAAAAAAGCAACAUCGACGAGUAGUACAAACGAACAAAACAAAUCUAGUGAAGCAAGCACUGAGAAGUUCUCUGAAAAUUCUGCGUCCCAAAAAACAUCAACGUCAACCUCCAACUCAUCAGCGAAAUCUGAAGAAGGGGACAAAAAAGAUUCCGGAUUUUUGUCCAAACUGAAAUCGAUGUUUAAUUGAAGACAAUUUUAUUAUGUUUCCAAAACUUUCACUGUUUGUAAUGUGAGCGAUAGAAAAGCAAGAAAGGAAGGGUGUUUAGUUAAUAUAUUGCCUCCUUAAUAUUUUUUAUGAAUUAGUUUUAAUUAUACAUAAAAUCAAGCCGUUAUGUAACGUAAUUGUUAGUUAUUUUAAUUGUAAAAAAUAACAAUAAACAGAACUCAAAACAAACGAAGAA